AUGAUGGAGGAUUUUAACAGCGAGACGGACUCGGAUUACACCAGUUACUGGAGGGAUUGGUUCAUUUCUUCGCGCGGCAAUGAGUAUUUCUGUGAGAUUGACGAGGAAUACCUGACCGACCGUUUUAACUUGACGGGCCUGAACACCGAAGUGCCUUACUAUCAAUAUGCGCUUGAUCUCGUGACGGAUGUCUUCGACCUCGAUGCAGAUGAUGAUUUGCGCGAGCAAAUCGAGAAGUCAGCACGUCACUUGUAUGGUUUGGUUCAUGCUCGUUACAUCGUUACUACCCGGGGUCUCUCGAAAAUGCUUGACAAGUACAAACGAGGUGACUUUGGCAAGUGUCCCCGUGUUAUGUGUGACGGACACCCCCUGCUCCCUAUGGGUCAGCACGACAUCCCGAAUAUGAGCACAGUUAAGCUCUUCUGCGCGAAAUGCGAGGAUAUCUACAACCCCAAGUCGUCUCGCCAUGCUUCCAUCGAUGGUGCCUAUUUCGGGUCUUCUUUCCACAGCAUACUUUUCCAGGUCUACCCUGCACUUGACCCCGAAAAAAGCGUGCGCCGUUACGAACCCCGUAUCUUUGGAUUCCGCGUUCACGCGAGUGCUGCGCUUGCCCGCUGGCAGGACCGGUAUCGUGCGGAUAUGAUCGAACGUCUGGAGGGAGCUGGCAUUGAAGUUAAAUAUCUCGAGGACUUUGAUUUCGAAGGUGAAUCCGAGGAGGAGGAUGAUUUUGAUCCUCUCGACACCAGGGGCGAAGGAGUCGUCGGCGAUACUGCAUCCGGUCGUAUGGACCUGGGUAACUGA